UGUCAUCUUUAUUGCUGCGCGCGCGCGCCGGGUAGUUGUAGCGCAGACUGUGCGCAGAAACACCGGCUGAGCCUCGUCCCCCUCCUUAACGGCCACGACCAUCUGCCGCCUCUUUUGCACGUUCAAACCCAGCAGAUGAUUUCUCUCAGACGUCUAGCUUCACUUGGCACAGCCGACAGAGCGUCUCGAAGAGCAGCUGUGCGGAAAACCAGCAGAGAAAAGAGACCGCUCUCUCCGCGCGCACAGCUCUCAACGUAACUUACGAGAGCCGGGGCCGUUUGCAUGCAACCCGUCUGCAGAGACAGACUUUUGGAUCAGAGAGACGAAGCGGAUUUAAAUUAAGCACCGGAUAACACACAGCAACUCUGCAUCCUUCGGUGAGGGAGGGAGGGAGGCAACUGUUUUGUGUCUUAGAAGCCCUGGGUUAGGAGAGGGGGGGAGGAGGAGGAGCAGAGAAUGAGCUAUUCUUGUACCAGCAGAGGCAACAGCCAGGACCCAUCAAGCGUUAAGCAGCCUGCCGGUAGUAAUCCAGCCAGAGACGCCGGAGGCAAAAACAGCGGCACGGACAGCACAGGUAACGGCAGCCCGAAGCAGACAACGGCGAUGAAAGUGAAGAAGGGCUGCAACUCGUCUGAGGUGGGAGUCCCGGUGACCACGGAGGAAGACCUGCUCGCAAGCACGGUGAUCACUCCGGAGGAUGUUCUGGGCUUGGAGAAGAUCACAGAGAAUUAUCUGUGCAGCCCAGACCAGAACAUUUACAACAUUGACUUCACCAGGUUCAAGAUCAGAGACAUGGAGACGGGCACAGUGCUGUUUGAAAUCACAAAGCCCCCAUCUACAGAUAAAGCAGGAGAGAAGAGGGACAUUGAUCCAAAUGCUGGCCGAUUUGUCCGUUACCAGUUCACCCCCGCUUUCCUUCAACUACGGCAAGUCGGAGCCACUGUUGAGUUCACAGUUGGCGAUAAGCCGAUAGAAAACUUCCGGAUGAUUGAGAGACAUUAUUUCAGAGAGAAGUUGCUCAAGAGUUUUGACUUUGAGUUUGGCUUCUGCAUGCCCAGCAGCAAGAACACCUGUGAACACAUCUAUGAAUUCCCACCUCUGUCAGAGGACAUAAUCAGAGAGAUGGUCCUGCACCCUUACGAGACACAAUCCGACAGCUUCUACUUUGUGGACAAUAAGCUGGUGAUGCACAAUAAGGCAGACUACUCAUACAAUGGCGGGACGUAGAGAUGACACACCAACACGAGACGCAGGCGGAUUUAUGGACCCAACCUGAUGGACAAUCAGAGAACACUGGUGGGGUUAACAUCCUGUCCAUCCAGCAGUGUGUCUCUCUUACUUUUUCUCUAUGUCAAUUUUCCUCCUGAGAAAAUGCAAGAACAGAUGUGUCAGUUCCAGUUGAUGUGUGUGUGUCUGUGUGUGUAAGUGGAUGGGUGUUUUUCAAAACCUACAAAGAAGCUGCAAACACACACACAUGGAUGCAUACAGUGGCAUUGCUCUAACAAAGGAAGUCCGCAACAUAAUAUACCAGCAGGUGAGCAACUUUUUAGUAUUAGAUGGUUUUUAUCUCUUAAUGUGAUAUUAAAAAAAAUCACAUACUGACAUAAACUAUUUUUUUCAUUGAUGUCGAGGUUAUAAACAUAUCUUACAAAAAAAAAAACGUUUUUAGGACUUCAGAUAGAGUUCCGAGGAAUGAAUCCUCUGAUUCAGCGAGUGUGUGUUUGAUGUGUGUUUGUGUUUCUUGUCUUUUUGUAUGAUUGUGUGUCUGCGUGUGUUUAAGUAGCAGUUUGAAGCAUGAUUACUGGUCUGGUAAAAAAAAAUAAAUAAAAAAAAAAUAGUAAAAGGUAAGUAGUUCUGAAUUUAUCUCUGAUUUUCUUCUUAACUCCUUUGCCCCUGGUGUGUUUGUUGAGUCAUGUGACCUGUAAUAACAGUAGAACAUACUGUAUGAACUUCAUUGUAUUCCCUCAAAGCACAAAAUCUUUACAGCAACAAGGAAACUUGUAACGACGUGUAACUUUGUGUCUGAGUUAAAGUUGGCUCUUGGAAAACGUCUAAACAGUUAUGUAGGAAAACUUAGAUUCGUUAACUGUUUCUUGUGUCGCAAAGCAGAAGAAGGUUGGGGAAUGUAGCACAACAAAUCACCCUUAAAACUCUGUUUCUUCUAAUAUUUGUUUCUAUGAACAUCCUUUGUCAUGUUGGAUUUGCAGUGCUGUCUCUCUGUCACUGAUUUCUGCCUCUCGAAUAUUAAUGUGUUUUGACACAUUUCAUUAAUUUGGAGCUGAUUGCGUUCAUCUGCUGACAUUUGACUUUUUUUUCUCAACUGAACUGUCUCAAGAUGCCUCUAAAUUGUAAUAUGUACCCUUUCAGAGAUACAGCCUGACUCUAGUAUCUAAAAAAAACUUCUUUUUUUUUUAAUUAGUCAUCUCUUUAUGUACUCUGAUUUGAUGUGCUGGAAAUUAUGUUAAGUUUGUGACUUUGAAGACAUUAUAUUACAUUUAAAUGAUUUAAAUGUAAAUAAUUUUUAGGCUAGUUGAGCCCAGGCUGUGAAGAGCAGCAUCCAGCAGGAAAGAAGUAAUGUGAAUGUUCUUAUUGUAUGUUCAGAUCAAUGUAAAAAUAUGGUUUAGACUUUAAUUCCUUCUCAUGUGAUUCAGAUUUCCAUGGCUUUGUUGUUUAGGCCUAAACAAGUUGCACAGGAAUGAAACAAAUGUGGUUAAAAAUGUGAAAUGAACAGGAGGGAGUUCAGAUCAUAAAUGAUCAGAGAUUAAACUGAUUGACUUGAAUGUUUUAUCAAAAAAA